UGCUAUAUUUUAGAAUAUAUAUUAGAUAUAUAUUUCCAUUGCUCUUACAAAGUAAUCAACACCAAAAAUUCAAAGGAGGAAAGUUCUUUCCCCAGAGGGUUCAGUCCAUGGUACACCGGCUCUAAGGCAGGAGCAUCAUGGUGGAAGGACCUGGCAGAACAAGGCUGCUCAGUUCGUGACAGCCAAAGCAGAGCAGGGGAACAGUGCCGGAGAGAAAGGGUUAGGGACCAGUACCCAAGUCCUCCAUGACUCACCAGACACCCACAAAUGUGCUUUACCACUAUCCCAGGCAGCUGCCGAUCAAUUAAGUUGACAAUCCUCCCACUGUACAUUAAUAUUAAAUCUUAUCAGUGGGGUCAGUUCUCAUUCUGAACACAUGGAGAUAAGUGUCCACCCUGGGAAGCUUUCCUGAGUGUUGGAUGUGCUUGCCAUGCACCCUAGGCUCCUGCUUUCUCUUGCUGCCCAUGUGCAACAGGUCACCUUUCAUGUGUGAGUGUUCUGCCUCCCAGACUCACAGAUGCUACCAGUGCAUGAGGAAGCUCCUCCACAGUUGUCUUAUAAAAGCUCUCAGUUUUAGCUUUUACUGGCAGGUCUUUUAUCCAUUUUACAGUGUUUUUUGUAUAUUCUAUAAUGCAUGCAAAUAUCCAGUUUUGGCAAAACUUAUUGAAAAGGCUUAUUUCUGCAUUGAAUGGUACUGGCAUCCUUGUUGAAUUCAUUUCACCACAUAAAUGAAGGUUUAUUUUGGGCUACUCAUCUGUUCUUUGUUGGUCUAUAGCAUUUCUUCUUAUAGCACUACACUGCUUUUCUGUUUUGUUCCUAGAUGGGGUGUGUAGCCCAGGCUGGCCUUGAGCUCAUGGCUACCCUCCUGCCUCAGCCCCUGGAGUGUGGGAAGUACAGGACUGUGCUGCCAUGCCCAGCUCAGCACUGCAGUGCCUUGAUAACUGUUCAAGAUGGUGACACAGAGAACUUUUAUGCUCAUAGCACCUUGAAUUCUACUGACCGUAAGUACAACGCUGAAGCUCAUCGAUUAGCUACAAUUGCUGAAGUGAAUCUCCCUCCUCCCUUGGAAGGAUUGGCAAAAUGGAUCCAUACCAAAACAGGACAUGCAGGAACUCACGCUAUGUACAGGUGGGCACAAGACCGAGGACUAUCCACACCUUUGUCUGAAUUAAAGCAAGUAGUAGAGCAAUGUCCUACAUGUCAAUUGGACAGAAAGCGAGCGCUCCCUCGUAUAAUAACUGGAGAAUUGCAUAGAGGACAAGCUCCUGCACAAAUUUGGCAAAUUGAUUAUAUAGGUCCUCUUCCACAAUCAAGGGGAUGUCAAUAUAUUUGCACUUGUGUGGAUACUUAUUCGGGAGUGCUAGUCGCCUGUGCAUACCGUAGAGCUGUGCAAAAGAAUACUAUUAAAACUUUAGAGAUAAUUGCAUUGUAUUAUGGAAUGCCAAUGCAAAUUCAAAGUGAUAAUGGAUCCCAUUUUAAAGGAAAAGAAAUACAAGAUUAUGCUGAACAAAACAAUAUUGAAUGGAUCUAUCAUAUUCCUUAUUAUCCACAAGCUUCAGGCUUAAUAGAAAGAAUGAAUGGUUUGCUGAAAGAAAAACUUAGAAAACUAGGUAAUAAUUCUUAUAAUAAUUGGAAAGAUAAUUUAUUUGAAGCCUUGCAACAAUUAAAUAACUGGCCCAUAGGACCGGGACUAACUCCACUUAUGAGAAUGAUGACACCUAACUUACAGAUAAGAAAGAUCUAUACUUUUCAAGAAGUACAAUGGUGGAAAAUAGAUGAGAAGGCAAUUAUGCCUUUUAGAGCCACCAUUGGAUCUUCUGGUCAUGAUUUACAUGCUUUAGAAGAAAUAUGGAUAGAUCCUCAAAAUAUAUUAAAAUGUAGGACGGGGAUAGGGAUCAAAAUCCCACAAGGAUAUUAUGGACAAAUUGCUCCCCGUUCUAGUCUGGCUGAAAAAGGAAUUCAAAUUUUAGCUGGAAUAAUUGAUUCCGAUUAUAGGGGAGAAAUUAAGAUAAUUCUUUCUAAUAUAGGAAAAGAAACUUUACAUUUUGUUCCUGGAACUCGAAUUGCUCAAUUACUGAUCAUUCCUUGUGCAACAGCUAAGGAAUGGACUUUGUUAGAUAAGCCUCCUCCAGUAACUAGCAGGUUAGGAGGUUUUGGAUCAACUAAUUUGAUCCCUGGAGCUAAAGUUUGGCUCAAGAGACAUGAUGGAGAUAAACCACAGCCUGCAGAAGUCAUUGCUCAAGGAGAUAAUAAUGCAGUUAUUAUUAUGCUUCCAGGUCAAGAACACUACUUAACUGUCCCCACUAAUCAACUUUUUUAAAGAAAUUAGCUUUUCAGAUUGCUUUGCUUCUCAGGACUGAUGAUUACUGUGCUUACCUGGACUCCAGGACUUCAAUUUCAACCGAA